UGAACAAUCUCACCAGUGUUGGUUGUUGUUGUCUGCAUGGACUACACUUGAAAAUAAAUGAAACCAUUACAUUUUCUUUCCAAAUAACGGUCCUGUGAAUUACUUUAGACUACGUGCAAGCGUACUAACCAUUUUACUGCGUGUGGAUAAUGGCGUAGUGAAAGGAGAUCGCAUAGGGUGUUAUGGCUAACAUUAGCUUGCUAAGCUAAGCUUCGUUUAGGGUUCGAAGAUAUUAUCAAGCUGGCCUCAACCCGAGGCCAACUGGCCUUCCUAACUGAGUAAAAGUAGCGCAAGGAUGUCGGACUCAGACAGUGAUGAAGACCAAGACCGCCCCUUCUCUCUCACUGGCUUCCUCUUCGGGAACAUCAAUGAAGAUGGUCAGCUGGAAGGAGACAGUGUGCUGGACACUGAAUCCAAAAAGCACCUGGCUGGCCUGGGCUCCCUGGGACUGGGCAACCUCAUCACAGAGAUCACUGCUAGUGAGGAGGACGAUCUGGACGAGGAUGGAGACACAGGUGGCACAGACUCAGAGGGCUGGGUGAAGAACGAUGCCGAUGCAGUUGAUUAUUCUGACAUCAACGAGGUGGCUGAAGAUGAGACUAAGAAGUAUCGUCAGGCCAUGGGCAGCCUGCAGCCUACGAGGAGAACAGAUGAUGAGGAUGACUAUGAUGCGGAUUGUGAGGAUAUUGAUGCCAAGCUUAUGCCUCCUCCACCUCCUCCAUGUUUCUCCACGCCUGGUGGCAAGAAAGACGACUCCUCUCCCACGGCUGCAAGUGUUGGGGAUGAAGGAGAUGGGAUCAUCCUGCCCUCCAUCAUCGCUCCUUCCUCUCUGRUAGACAAAGUGGACUUCAGCAGUUCCUCAGACUCUGAAUCGGAGACAGACCGGCCCUCUGCAGGCCCUGGGUCAGGGGGUUCUCCAGCCUGCCUCAGCUUGCCCCUGGCUGGCAUCAUGCAGAAGGAUGCUGCCAAAGCCCUGCCUGGCGUCACACAGCUCUUCCCAGAGUUCAGGCCUGGAAGGGUGCUGCGGUUCCUUCGACUGUUUGGCCCUGGGAAGAACAUGCCGUCGGUGUGGCGGAGCGCACGAAGAAAGAGGAAGAGGAAGCACCGCGACCCYCAGCCAGGGACACCCCCACCAGAGGGCGCUGAGCCCAUGGAGCAGCAGGGACCAGAGAAGAAGUCUGGCUGGGACUAUGAAUACGCCCCACCUCCACCCCCAGAACAGUGCCUGUCUGACGACGAGAUCACCAUGAUGGCCCCAAUAGAGUCCAAGUUCUCCCAGACCUCUGGAGACGGGGACAAGGUGACAGAGUCCAGGCCCAAGGUGGCAGAGUGGCGCUACGGUCCGGCCCAGCUCUGGUACGACAUGAUGGGGGUCCCUGACGAUGGCAGUGGCUUCCACUACGGCUUCAAACUGAAGGAGGAGGAGGACGAUGAACAGGAGAAACGGGAGAGGCCAGAACCACCGCCACCUUUACAACAUCCCAAAGAGGAGGGCAGUGGUGACGAAAAGGACAAACAGGCCCUGGAGAAUGAGCUCUUCCUGAUGGUCACCCAGCUUCAGUGGGAGGACGACAUMAUUUGGAACGGAGAGGACGUGAAACACAAGGGCACUAAGACCCAGCGAGCCAGYCUGGCAGGGUGGCUGCCUUCCAGCAUGACCCGCAACGCCAAUGCCUACAACGCACAGCAGGGUAUUCAUGAUGUCUAUCUACACUCUACAGGUCUGAGUAGGAGUAACUCUCAGCUGGUGCCCCCCACUCCUCCACCCAUGCCCAAAGCCCCUUCCAUCGGCUCUGGCUCCAAGAGGGACAAACACCACCACGACCAUCAUGCCACUCAUGAAGAGGAUGCCCCCUGGUUCUCCAUCUUCCCUAUUGACAAUGAGGAGCUGGUGUACGGGCGCUGGGAGGACAACAUCAUCUGGGAUGACCAGGCCAUGGACCGCAUGCUCUCACCCCCUGUCCUCACCCUAGACCCCAACGAUGAGAACAUMAUUUUAGAAAUCCCAGAUGAGAAGGAGUCUGAGCGUAUGUCCCACUCUCCGUCUAAGGAGAACAAGAAGGAGUCAUCACUAAAGAAGAGUCGCAUCCUGUUGGGGAAGACUGGGGUCAUAAAAGAUGAGCCUCAACAGAACAUGUCCCAGCCUGAGGUGAAGGACCCAUGGAACCUGUCCAAUGAUGAGUUCUAUUAUCCUAAGCAGCAAGGCCUGAGGGGCACCUUCGGUGGCAACAUCAUUCAGCACUCCAUCCCUGCAGUGGAGCUGAGGCAGCCGUUCUUCCCUACUCACAUGGGACCUAUGAAGCUGCGUGGGUUCCACCGGCCCUCUCUGAAGAAGUACUCAUUCGGGACGUUGUCCCAGCCAGGUCCCCACGCAGCCCAGCCUCUACUCAAACAGAUCAAGAAGAAGGCCAAGAUGCGAGAACAAGAGCGCCAGGCUUCCGGUGGAGGUGACAUGUUCUUCAUGCGUACAGCUCAGGACCUGACAGGGAAAGACGGCGACCUGAUUCUGGCAGAGUACAGCGAGGAAUAUCCUCCACUCAUCAUGCAAGUCGGCAUGGCAACCAAGAUCAAGAACUACUACAAGAGAAAACCAGGGAAGGACCCUGGAGCUCCAGACUGUAAGUAYGGAGAGACCGUGUACUGCCACACCUCACCUUUCCUGGGCUCCCUGCACCCCGGACAGCUGCUGCCGGCUUUUGAGAACAACCUUUUCCGUGCCCCCAUCUACCUCCACAAGAUGCCAGAGACAGAUUUCCUGGUGCUGCGUACACGGCAGGGCUACUUCAUUAGAGAGCUGGUAGAUAUCUUUGUGGUCGGCCAGCAGUGUCCCCUCUAUGAGGUCCCUGGACCCAACUCCAAACGAGCCAACACCCAUAUCAGAGACUUCUUGCAGGUGUUUAUCUAUCGGUUGUUCUGGAAGAGUAAAGAUCGUCCAAGGAGAAUCCUGGAGGACAUAAAGAAAGCUUUCCCCUCACAUUCAGAAAGCAGCAUCCGCAAACUAAAACUCUGUGCUGACUUAAGCAGUACAGGGAUGGACUCUAACUGGUGGGAAUGCUGGAAGCCUGACUUCAGGCUGCCUACUGAGGAGGAGAUCAGGGCCAUGGUGUCUCCAGAGCAGUGCUGUGCCUACUACAGCAUGCUGGUGGCAGAGCAAAGACUGAAGGAUGCUGGAUAUGGUGAAAAGUCCUUCUUUGCCCCAGAGGAAGAGAACGAGGAAGACUUCCAGAUGAAGAUUGAUGAUGAGGUCCGCACAGCCCCUUGGAACACGACGCGAGCCUUCAUCGCUGCCAUGAAGGGGAAGUGUCUGCUGGAGGUCAUGGGGGUGGCCGACCCCACAGGCUGUGGAGAGGGAUUCUCUUACGUCAAAGUGCCCAACAAGCCCACUCAACAAAAGGCCCAAGACGACCGGGAACCACAACCCGCUAAGAAAACUGUGACAGGGACAGACGCUGAUCUGAGAAGACUGUCWCUCAAAAACGCCAAGCAGCUGCUGCGCAAGUUCGGUGUUCCAGAGGAGGAGAUAAAGAAGCUGUCUCGUUGGGAGGUGAUUGACGUGGUGAGGACCAUGUCCACAGAGCAGGCCCGCUCUGGCGAGGGGCCCAUGAGCAAGUUUGCMCGCGGGUCCCGCUUCUCUGUAGCCGAACACCAGGAACGCUACAAGGAGGAGUGCCAGAGGAUCUUUGACCUGCAGAACAAAGUAUUGGAUUCCACAGAGGUCCUGUCCACAGACACAGACAGCAGCUCAGCGGAGGACAGUGACUUUGAGGAGAUGGGGAAGAACAUUGAGAACAUGCUGCAGAACAAGAAGACCAGCUCCCAGCUGUCCAGAGAGAAGGAGGAGCAGGAGAGGAAGGAGCUGCAGAGGAUGCUGAUGGGAGAGGAGAGCGACCGCGACCACAAGGGACGCAAGGGCUUCUCCAGUGCUUUGUCCACGGGCUCCCAUAAAGAUGACGACACGUCCUCGGUCACCAGCCUGAACUCGUCCGCCACGGGACGGCGCCUCAAAAUCUACCGCACCUUCAGGGACGAAGACGGCAAGGAGUAUGUUCGCUGUGAGACGGUCCGCAAACCCUCCGUCAUAGACGCCUACACCAGGAUCAGAACCACCAAGGAUGAUGAGUUCAUAAGAAAGUUUGCUGUGUUUGACGAGCAACACAGAGAGGAGAUGAGGAAGGAGCGGAGGAGGAUCCAGGAACAGCUGAGGAGGCUGAAGAGGAACCAGGAGAAGGACCGGUUCAAGGGCCCCCCGGAGAAGAAGGCCAAGAAGGUCAAGGAGARGCCAGACCUCAAGCUGAAGUGCGGAGCUUGCGGUGCCAUCGGGCACAUGCGAACCAACAAGUUCUGCCCGCUGUACUACCAGACCAACGCCCCGCCCUCCAACCCGGUUGCCAUGACAGAGGAGCAGGAGGAGGAGCUGGAGAAGACUGUCAUCGACAACGAGGAACUCAUCAAGGUGGAGGGAACCAAGAUCGUCCUCGGCAAGCAGCUUAUCGAGAGUGCUGAUGAGGUGCGCAGGAAGUCUCUGGUGCUGAAGUUCCCCAAACAGCAUCUUCCCCCCAAGAAGAAGAGACGUGUGGGAACCACUGUACACUGUGACUACCUCAAUAGGCCCCACAAAUCCAUCCACCGCCGACGCACUGACCCCAUGGUCACUCUGUCCUCAGUCCUGGAGAGCGUCAUCAACGACAUGCGGGAUCACCCUAAUACAUACCCCUUCCACACGCCGGUCAAUGCCAAGGUGGUGAAGGACUACUAUAAGGUCAUCCCUCGUCCCAUGGAUCUGCAGACGCUACGGGAGAAUGUGCGUAAGCGUGUGUACCCCUCCCGGGAGGAGUUCAGAGAGAACGUGGAGCUCAUUAUCAAGAACAGCGCCACAUACAAUGGUGCCAAACAUCCAAUAACCCAGGUGGCGCAGACAAUGCUGGACCUUUGUGAUGAGAAACUGAAAGAGAAGGAAGACAGGCUGGUGAGACUGGAGAAAGCUAUCAACCCCCUGCUGGACGAUGACGACCAGGUAGCCUUCUCCUUCAUCCUGGACAACAUCGUCACUCAGAAGAUGAUGGCCGUGCCUGACUCUUGGCCGUUCCACCAUCCAGUCAACAAGAAGUUUGUUCCAGAUUACUACAAAGUGAUAGUCCAACCCAUGGACCUGGAGAAUGUCCGCAAGAACAUAUCCAAACACAAGUACCAGAACCGGGAUGUGUUCCUGUUUGACGUCAGCCUGGUCCACACCAACAGUGUCAAGUACAACGGUCCAGACAGUCCUUACACCAAGACGGCCCUGGAGAUAGUCAACGUGUGCAAGCAGACCCUGGCAGAGUAUGAUGAGCACCUGACCCAGCUGGAGAAGGACAUCUCCACAGCUAAAGAGGCAGCUCUGGAUGCAGCAGACCUGGAUAGCCUGGACCCCAUGACUCCUGGAACCUACACAUCACAGCCUGCCGAUGUGUUUGACAGCAGUGCCUCUGUGAGCCUGCACAGAGAGACCAGACUCUUCUCUGAGGUUAAGGCAUCUCUUAUGACUGUUCCAGAGAAGAGGGGGUUAGGGAAGGGUCGUCAUAGAAGACUAGGAGAGGAGGAGUCGGACGUGGACAUCGAGGGCUUCGAGGAGGAGGAGUAUGAYUGCAAGCCCAAGACACCAGCUCCUGCUGAGGAUGGUGAGGGAGACCUGGAGGAUGAGGAUGAUGAAGAGGAGAUGCUGUUGCCGCCGCCCCGCAGACGACUGCAGGGCCACAAUGAUGAUGAUUUUGAAGAGGAUGAAGGCACCAGUCGGCCAGCCCAUGCCAGCGUGCUGUACCAGGACCUGCUCAUGUCAGACGGAGAGGAUGACGCCAGCGAAGAGGAGGGAGAUAACCCGUUCUCCUCGAUCCACCUGUCAGAGAGUGGCAGUGACUCAGACAGAGAGGUGGAGGUGCGUCCCCCGCCCCCUCCCAGACCUCACCAAGAGACGGCCCGCAUGGGCCUGGAGCAGGACGACAGCAUGAUGUCAUACGGGGAAGAUGUGCCGGAUGAGACCCACCUGGAGGACAGUAAUGUCAGUUAUGGGAGCUAUGAGGAGCCGGAGGGUCAGACCCAGACCCAGACCUCCAGCAUGGGCAAUGGAGAGGGCUACGGCAUGAGUGAGGAAGAGGAGGAAGAUGAGGAGGCAGCUCGGAGGAGAGGUCCCAGUGUGCUUUCCCAGGUGCAGCUGAGUGAGGAUGAGGAGGACAGCGAAGAGUUCAGGUCCAUCGGGGGAGAAAGUGACUUGGACUCAGACAACUAGAGAAGUGUUCCACCACACACACACACACACACACACACACACACACACACACACACACACACACACACUUAAAGACGCAAUUGUGCUCUACAAUCAUUAUAACAGACAGAUCCACAUCCAUACACGUGAGUUCAGGCUCACUAAAUGAAUACACCUUAAACUUGCAGGCUGAAUUACAUGCACGUACUGUCAUCAUAACUUUAUCUCAUGUCAGUCAAUCCCCCAAUGAUAGUUAAGACUGUUUGCUGUCCAGUCAUUACCACACCUAUGAAGUCUCUAUGAUAAACUCCUGUGAGAUCAAUAUUGUGGCAGGAUUAAAUUGGAGUUGAUGCUUUAAAUCAAUGUUUUUUACUGGUUAUGCUCUUUUCAGUGUACCGACACAUGUAUAUAUUUUUUUACAAUUGAAUAACAUUUUAUUUUAUGGUUGUGCAGAACUUUGGCCAAAAUGAAGAUAUUUCAAUAGUCAGCUUUGACAAUUGUUUGUUUUCAGUGCCAGGUCUCAUCUCAACCUUUUGUCUUGAGACACUGGGUUGAGUGAUGGAAAAAUACUGUUAUUCCCCAUUAACUAUUAUGAUUGCAGCCUGGAUUGUCAGGCAUUUGAGAUGUUUCCAGCACUGUUACUAGGAAACUCAAACUUCCAAGGAGAUCCUAAAUAAAAACCAGAGAUAAGACCAU